AUGCUGCCGCACGUACGAGCAACUACCUUUUCUGCGUUAACUGAUGCCCUAUGUUCAUUUAUUAUUACUAAAGUAAAAGUGUUUUGUUUUCUGCCCCAAAUCUGCAUCCAGGAAAUUGUCAAUCACAAUUGUCGAGCGUUGGUUGCUGCAGUGCCCUUUUUCACCUACGCCGAUCAUCAAUUCGUCUCUGAUGUCAUUAUGAAGUUGAAGUACGAGGUCUUCCAGCCGGGUGACUGGAUCAUCAAGGAGGGUCUGAUUGGCACCAAGAUGUACUUCAUCCAGGAGGGCAUAGUGGACAUUGUGGACACUGACGGUCGAGUGGCUACCAGUCUCUCCGACGGAUCGUACUUUGGCGGUAAGUUUUUAAGUCGACUAUAG